GAGAGAGAGAGAGAGAUGGAAAUGAAUGAGGAUGUAGUGAUCGUGGGUGCAGGGAUCGCGGGGUUAGCAACAGCUUUAGCUCUAAAGAAGGUUGGUAUCCGAUCUCUGGUUCUGGAGAGGUCGCAGGAGCUUCGCACCACCGGUGCAGCACUAACACUCUUCCCAAAUGCCUGGCGCGCUCUUCAAGUUCUUGGAGUAGAUCACAAGCUCACCUCCAUUUACCCCUCCUUACAAAGGGGAUACAUCACUAAUAUCGCAAGUGGAGCUACACAAGAGGUUUAUUUUACGGGCUCUGAAAGAAAAAAAUUCGAGCCUAGAGCAGUUCACAGGAAAAACUUAUUAGAGACUUUAGCAGAAGAAUUGCCACCUGGUACAAUUCGUUUCUCAUCAAAGCUCAGUUCAAUUGAGACCCAAACAUUUGAAGGCUCAUCCAUUGCUAUCCUACACUUGGAUGAUGGAACUCAAAUCAAAGCCAAGGUUUUAAUAGGCUGCGACGGGGUUCACUCAGUUGUGGCACGUUGGUUGGGACUCAUGGAUCCAGUCCAUUCCGGUCGAUCAGCAGUGCGUGGUUUAGCUGUGUAUCCUCAAGGCCACAAAGUUAAGGACAUCCAUCAAUACAUAAACAACGGAGUAAGGGGUGGUUUUGCUCCCCUCACUGAUAAAGAGAUCUAUUGGUUCAUCGCCCACAAUUCUAAGCCCACAAGUGGAGGCAUGGAAGCGGACCCUCGCCAGAUACAGCAGGACGUGAUAGAGAAUUCAGCCAAGGACUUCCCUUCAGAGUACUUGGAGGUGGUCAGGCAUGCUGAGCUUUCUACUUUGUCAUUAGCCCCAUUGAUGUUCAGGUUUCCAUGGGACCUAAUAUUUGGAAAAGUAUUCAAGGGGAACAUCACAGUCGCAGGUGAUGCAAUGCACCCUAUGACACCUGAUCUUGGCCAAGGUGGUUGUGCUGCGCUUGAGGAUGCAGUCGUCCUUGGGCGACAUUUGGGGAAUUUGCUUCUCCAGCACGGGAGAAUCGCUCCAGGAGAGGUGGCUGGGGCCUUAGAGAGAUACACCAAGGAGAGGAGAUGGAGAGCCGCUGGUUUGAUCAUGGGGUCCUACAUUUCUGGAUGGGUCCAACAAUUGGGGUCAGGAUGGUUGAUGAAGUUCCUUAGGGAUACCGUCUUCUAUGGAUUUUUGUUCAGUAAGAUUGUUGAUAUAGAUUAUGACUGUGGUGAGUUGCCUCAUUUUCCCCUCUCUGUUGGCUCUCAGACCAAGAUUGAUUAGGUGUUUUUUGAACUAGACACACUCUGCAACUGGUUAUUCUUAUGCUAUUAUUAAUGGGGUCCCAUCAAGAUACCGUCUUUAUUGUUGAUGAUACAUUCUGCACAUCACAAUGGACAAGUCUUUCAAGUUCAGUUUGGUUGCCAUGUGAUACAAAUAGAACAGCUCAUAGGCUUGCUAACUUGGGUCUUUCCUCAAGUCUUUGGUUGGAGAACCGGUUCCUUUGUAAUUGAUUUUCUUGGGUUUUAGAUCCUGGCACAGCUAGUUAAGUUGUUUUGUUUUUUCUCUUUUUAUUGCCUUGUCUAUGCUUUGUACUUUUUGUUAGUAGUAACUUGUUGUUUGGUUUAGUACUAGUUAGCUAGAUCUCAUUAAUUUCUCACUGUGAACGAACUGAUACAUUAUUCUAUAUAUGAUGUUUAUUCGGAAUGGUGGU